GGCCGAAGCCACGAGUAGGCCUUGUGUCAGCGUAGUGAACGCAGACGGUAUUCCAAACGCGGCGCGUUCGUUGUUCACGCGGAAUUGGAGAAAGAGAGAGGGAGAGAAAGGAAGGCAAAGAAGAGGCGUGCUCUUACGUACGCGUGGGCCUAUACCAAACAUCGACAUACUAUAUCCUUAUAUACAUACCCCUCCGUUCGCGAGUUGAAGCGCGAUCAUACGCGGCGUUAUCGUGUUCAGCACGCGCUCGGCUGGGAUUCGGCACCGAACGGCUGGACGAAACGUGCGAGGCACGAGACGAGAGGCGCGGUUGUGUGUACAUAUAUAUAUAUAUAUACAGAUAUACACACAACAUUUGGUGCGAUAAAGACGACCGAUAGGGAAACACGAACGAACGCCACUCUCGUUUUCCGUCACUUCUCUUUCUCUCCUUUCCACGAUCAUUCGUAGUUGCUACGUUCUCCCUCCCCUCGUUCUCGGUUUCUUUCGUCGUCUCUGUUGCUCGCUUUCCUGCCUGCCCGUCUGUCUCUUCCCUUCCGUGGUGUGUUGUCAGUGGUACACAGUCAUAGCACGGCCGGCAGAAGCCAGUAAUAUCGCACCGGCGAAUGAAGAACGCAUUCGCUAAUCGUCGUAAACGAAAGUGCGGGUGUUUCGUCGUUGACCAACAUCCCCCCCGAUCAACUUAUCGCGCGGCUCGUGUUCAAACAGUAUAAAACGGUGCACAAAUAAAACGGAAUUGAAGAGUGUGAAGAGAAAGUUGUGUAAGUUCCUAUUUUGGUGUUUCUUUUUUUUUUUUUUCCGUGGUGGUGUGGAAUAGAGGGAAAUGGAGCGGUUCAGAGUCACGCCGGCCAAUAAUACGUCGCAAUACGCACCGCAGCAACAACAAUCGCUCGACUAUGAUCCGCCCCUGAACGGCACCCAACUGGAGCAUCAACAUCUCGUUCCUAAAUCCACCAGCGAGUGCGAUGGCGGCGGCGCUGGCGGAGAUGGCGACUCCAUGGUGGGCGGCGGUAAUUCCGAGAAGAAGAAUACGGAAUACGAGACGAAUCUCUUCCUCUAUAGCGAAGAGAUGGAAGUUCGUCCUCGAAUUUCCACGCUGCUCAACAGCCUGUCGGACUACAGCAACACGAUUCCAGCUGCGACCGACCCGGAUGCGAAACCUCCACCCGUGCAAGGUGGUGCACGAAUGGGCACUUUGAUCGGUGUCUUCCUACCUUGCAUCCAAAACAUCUUUGGCGUGAUUCUAUUCAUUCGUUUGACCUGGGUCGUUGGCACCGCUGGAGCUUUUCAGGGAUUCUUCAUCGUGUUAUGUUGUUGUUGCGUGACGAUGCUGACAGCUAUCAGUAUGAGUGCCAUCGCGACUAAUGGCGUUGUACCAGCUGGAGGGUCUUACUUCAUGAUAUCCAGAAGUUUGGGUCCAGAAUUCGGUGGUGCCGUAGGAAUGCUCUUCUAUACGGGUACUACACUAGCUGCUGCUAUGUAUAUCAUCGGUGCUGUUGAAAUUGUUCUGACUUACAUGGCGCCAUCGCUUAGUAUAUUUGGAGACUUUACAAAAGACCCUAACAUCAUGUAUAAUAACUUUCGCGUGUAUGGUACUGGAUUGCUUAUGGUAAUGGGCACCAUCGUAUUCAUUGGCGUGAAAUUCGUCAACAAAUUUGCGACGGUCGCUCUAGCUUGUGUCAUCCUUUCUAUCGUGGCUGUCUACGUAGGGUUAUUCUAUAACUUUAAUGGCAACGAAUCUCUCAAGAUGUGUGUUCUUGGAAGGAGAUUGUUAAAAGAUAUCAACGUACUUACCGAAUGUAAUAAGAAUACUAGUGGAAUUCUUCAUCAACUUUACUGUGGAAACACAACCACUAGCAAAUGUGAUCCUUAUUAUAUGGAAAACGAUGUGACUAUUAUAAACGGAAUUCGUGGAUUGGCUAGUGGUGUAUUUUUAGACAAUAUAUGGGACAGCUUUCAAGAAGAAGGCCAAUUGAUUGCCUAUGGAAGAGAUCCCAAGGAUAUUGACAUGAUGUCCAAUUCUUCCUUCAAUCAAAUUCAAGUCGAUCUUACCACUACCUUCACCAUUCUUAUUGGUAUUUUCUUCCCUUCAGUCACAGGAAUCAUGGCUGGCUCCAAUAGAUCAGGUGACUUAGCAGAUGCCCAAAAAUCUAUUCCUAUUGGUACUAUUUGUGCAAUUUUGACAACCUCAACAGUAUAUCUCUCCAGUGUUUUACUCUUUGCUGGUACAGUGGACAAUCUUCUGCUUCGAGAUAAGUUUGGCCAAAGUAUUGGUGGCAAACUGGUAGUAGCGAAUAUGGCUUGGCCUAAUCAAUGGGUCAUCUUGAUUGGAUCUUUCCUGUCCACUCUUGGUGCUGGACUUCAAUCUUUAACAGGCGCUCCACGAUUACUCCAAGCUAUCGCUAAGGACAGUAUCAUUCCUUUCUUAACUCCAUUCGCCACCAGUUCGAGUCGAGGAGAACCUACAAGGGCUCUAGUAUUGACAGUAAUCAUCUGCCAGUGUGGUAUUCUUCUUGGCAAUGUUGAUUAUCUGGCUCCCUUGUUAUCAAUGUUCUUUCUCAUGUGUUACGGCUUUGUAAACCUGGCUUGUGCUCUGCAGACUCUUCUCAGAACACCCAACUGGCGACCAAGAUUCAAAUACUAUCAUUGGAGCCUUUCUUUUCUCGGUCUGUCCCUCUGCAUCGCCAUCAUGUUCAUGACAAGCUGGUAUUACGCUUUAUUGGCCAUGGGAAUGGCUGGCUGUAUUUACAAAUACAUUGAAUACCGUGGUGCUGAGAAAGAAUGGGGUGAUGGUAUUCGUGGUCUAGCUCUGUCAGCCGCUCGUUACUCUCUUUUGAGACUGGAAGAAGGACCACCUCACACAAAGAACUGGCGACCACAAAUUCUCAUCUUGGCUAAACUGACAGACGAUCUGGUACCCAAAUAUCGCAAAUUAUUCGCAUUUGCUAGUCAAUUGAAGGCUGGAAAAGGUUUGACAAUCUGUGUCAGCUGCAUCGGUGGUGAUUACAUUCAGAACACUGGCAAGACUUUGGCCGCAAAAGUGAAUUUGCGCAAGACAAUCGCAGAGGAAAAAGUAAAAGGAUUCGUAGAUGUCUUAGUGGCUAAGGAUGUCGUCGAUGGCCUCUGUUCCUUGAUUCAAACAACCGGAUUAGGUGGCAUGAAACCUAACACUGUGAUUCUUGGCUGGCCCUAUAGCUGGAAACAAUCACAAGAGGAAAGAAAUUGGAGGGGAUUCUUACAGACUGUCAGAGCAGUUGCCGCAGCCAGGAUGGCUCUUUUGGUACCUAAAGGAAUCAACUUCUUCCCUGAUUCAACUGAAAAAGUUGUGGGAAAUAUCGAUGUCUGGUGGAUUGUACACGAUGGCGGUCUUCUGAUGCUGUUGCCAUUCUUGCUGAAGCAACAUCGCACAUGGAAGAAUUGCAAAAUGAGGAUCUUCACAGUUGCCCAGAUGGAGGAUAAUUCUAUUCAGAUGAAGAAGGAUUUGAAGAAAUUCCUAUACGAUCUGAGAAUCGAGGCUGAAGUGGAGAUUGUGGAAAUGAUGGAUUCAGACAUAUCCGCGUACACUUAUGAGAGAACUUUGAUGAUGGAGCAGAGGAACCAGAUGUUGAGGGAGUUGCGACUAAACAAGAAGGAAUCCCUAGGAGUGGUGCAGUCAUUGGUGGACUUCAACGAGGUACCCGCUGAAGAAAAUUUACCUGUGGUUCAGGCGAUUGUGGAUCAUCACCACAACGUGGACGUGAAGGUGGCAACCAAGGUGAGAUUCCAGGAGCCUGGCAGCCAGAAUCCUAACGCGGUUGACGAGGCGCAAGAGAAAUUGGUACAGGAGACGGAGGGCAAAGAGGGAGAGGCAGAUGUUAAUGACGGUGGAGAAGAAGCUAAGGAAGGCAACGAGGAGGAAACGAAAUUGAUCGGUGGGUCGCCGAAACAGGAAAAUAAGGAGAAUACGGAGAAGGAAGCGAAAGAGAACGAGGAGAAGAAAACUGAUAGUCCAGAGUCUAAGAAACCUACGAUAACACCGGAUGAAGGUAACGUGAGACGUAUGCAUACAUCCAUCAAAUUGAACGAAGUAAUCGUGAAAAAGAGCAAAAAUGCUCAGUUAGUCAUACUCAAUCUACCUGGACCACCAAGAGACACUAAACUAGAACGCGAAUCAAAUUAUAUGGAAUUUUUAGAGGUUCUCACCGAGGGUCUUGAGAGGGUGCUGAUGGUACGUGGAGGUGGACGGGAGGUGAUCACUAUCUAUUCGUGAACUAGACCUGCUGUAAAUGAAUUAAUCGCCUCGCGACAGCGGAAAUCUAGUUUACUUUUGAAAGACCUAAACGACUUCACCCUACGAAACACGUUGCUCUUGUGCCAUUGUCUGAGCAGUCACUUGCGUUGCGCGUUGUGAACACAUAUUAUUCAUACACACAUACACACACAGUACAACCGGUUACCGGAAGAAGAGUGUCACCGAAUGACGAUCAGCGACCGCUAUCUUGUCGCGGAUAAAAUUUGGGGGGGUACCGAUGAGUGCCCAAGAUCGAGAAUAUUAGAAAAGAACAAAGAAGAGGAAGAAAAAGCUGACUCUGGACGAGAAGGCCAAAAGUGACAUGCCAAAGGAUAAAAUGAUUUUCCUUCGAAUGAAUUUCACGCGUAAAACUAGGAUACAUAGGAUCUAUCUUAUUUUACUCGUCCCACUCCUCGAUGAGGCUAGAGACUAUGAAAAAGAAAAAAAGAAAAAAAAAGAUACUUAAAAAAGUGGUUUUUAUUCACGCGUCACACGUGUGUUACACGUGCGACAGAUAGUUAGCACAGAGGACUGCACACAGAGCAUACUUCGACCUUGUCAUUAUAUAAUCGGAUUCUCAAAAAAAUAGCGUUUUCGAAAUGAAUGAAGAAACGAGAAAAGAGAAAAACAGAAUCACGUCGCAGAGAUAGAGUUUCGAUCUGAGAUUAAAUGAAAUCCGAGGAAAAAGAGAAAUACAAAAAGUCGAAUCAAACGAUAAAAGAUAGAUACGUCCCGAAGAGAAUAAAAGAAUGAGAGAGAAAGAAAUUCAUUAAGAUUCCGACGAUUGUAUUCCAAUUUGAAACUGAAAUCAAAAUUUUUGGUCCGAGGCUAAGAUCGAAGCAUCUACGAAAACCACUGCCAGAAUACUUUCUAAAUGCUUCGCGUUUAACCAAAGACGCGAGAGGCUCAUUUUUCUACAUACAUUAUCGUUAUAGAGAGUAUAAUAGGUAUGUAUAAUUCUAUUGCUUAUAGGUGAACUUAGGGUAGCCUAGGAUAGCGCGGUGAAGCACGCCGACGAAUGAGGACGCAUACGCGUGCGCGCUUUUUGCGUCUAACGUGGCGGAAGUUAGGGCGAAACGUUGGCAGCGUUGAACGGUUUUAUGCGGACGCAGCAUUGAAAAAAAAAUAUGUCUGUGAGAUAGAGAAUGAGGCGAGUUCCCUUCUUUUUUUUUUUUUUUUUUUUUUUUGGAUUUCUUAAAACUAAAUAUGUUAUCGUGCAAUUAAAGACGAAAAAGAAAGAUAAAUUUCCGAAAAAAAGAAGAAAAAAAAAGAAAUAGUAGAAAAUUAUCGACGUAUAGAAAAAUAUACGUCACUGCCAAAAGAGAAAAAAGAAAAUAUUCGUUGAAAUUGUUAUUUAGGAUUGUGUGCGACGAUUGACGACGGUUAACAAGAUCGAUGCAGAAAGAAAAGGUUUAGAUUUUCGAUUAAAAAAAAAAAAACGGAGAAUAGUACUAAGGUAUUCUUGAAAUUACUAAUUUAUAUCACUCAACAUCGAUACAAUAUCAGGAUUCUAAUAGCAAUACAAGUUCACGGUUUUACUUAAAAUUACGAAUCCGUAAUACUGCAUCGCUAUGAAACAUAGAUCUACUUACAAUUAAAAUGAUUCUAACGCUAAAUGUCCUAAGGAAAGUAUAUAUAUUAUAUAUACCGCGAAAAAUCUUUUUCGAGUUACUAAUUCGCAUUCUUCGUAUCGAUAUAAAACGAGGAAUUAGCAAUAGUAGUCAAACUAACCAUAGAGUUCGAGUUUCUUAAUGUAUUUACAAAAAAAAAAAAAAAAAUGUAUCGCGAAAGUCUUGAGACAUUAAUGUAGAUGAUCGAUGUAUAACACCAAAGAUUGAUAGCAUUAGAAUCCAAACUGUAUGAUAAAAUGGAUCUAUUAUAAUGCAUCGAUAUAUAAUUUAAAAUGUUAGCAACUAAUUGCUAAACCACAAGUACGCACAGAGCAUCAAUAUGAAAGAAAUCUCUCUUUUCAUUCAUCGUUUUAUAUAUACAAAUAUAUAAUAUAUAAUAUAUAUAUAUAUACAUAUAUAUUCCACUAUACGAAGUCUAAAAAUUCUCAGACGCCUCGACAUUGCGUCCCCAUAAAGGUUCAAGCCGUAGCGUUUACUUCCAACUAGCGCCGCGAACGACGAACAAAGGAAACACGGCGAGAAUCCACGCAUCUCCUACAGGACUGAAGUUCGUUCUUUCCAUUGUAUUUCUCGAUUCUCUUGUGAGUCGAAACCUUCGUCUAGGUUCGCGUUUAUACUGUCCAAGGCCUACCGGUUCGAUUCACCACUCUGAUAAGUUUAUAAUAAAAGGAAAUAACGCGCUCGCGUUACUCUCGUCUAACCAUAAUGGCAAUAGCCAUUAAAAAAAAAAUAAUAACGGUAAUCAUUCGCGUAGAGUUACAAAACAAACGGUGAAUGCCAAAAAAAAAAAAAAAAAAAGAAAGAAAGAAAAACGAGAAAAAAAAUUACGUCACAUUUUUCGCGAGAAUCCUUAACUGACUUUCAUCGAAGGAUAGUGUGUAGCGUUGUAAUCGGUCGCAUUUAAGUGUCGUGUGCAUGUCACGUUUCAUACACGGCCAUCUUUGGCCGUGCCUCAUUUUUAGAUAGGCACUAUUUAAUACAUAUAUACAUAUAAAUAUACUUAUAUAUAUAUAUAUACAUGACGUAUAUAGUUUAUCUACAAAAUGAAAAAAAGAAAAAGUUGACGAACAAAAAUCUUUUUAAGAGAAAAAAAAAAAAAAAAAAAACAAAGUGGAAUAUAAUCAUGUUAGAACGAGUAACUUUUACUAUACUCGAUUUAUUGUGUCUACUUAAUCGAAAGCUGCGAACGAAUCGUGGUAUCUAAAUGAAAUUUAUCGGAACAAAAAAAAAAGUUGAGCACUCGACGAACCUUCGCUAUUUGUGUAUUUAGUUGGUCACUAUGUGUGUGGAAAUUAUACGACGAUAUUCUUUUCUUCGUUACGUUUAACGUUAUACAAAGUGUUUCAAAAAAGUUAGGUUAAGUUUUUUUAUUCAUGAAAUUGAAUGAAAAGUGAUAGUACUUUAAGAAUUUUUUUAUUAGUAUGAACAAUGUACUUAAUUUUUAUUGACUUAAAAAUGCAUCCUAUUUGUAUCAUUAAUAUAAUCCAUUGUAAUCAUAAAGUCACCAGUGAAAGUGAGAUUAUUUUUACAGCAGAAAAAUAAUUAUUUAAUUAUUUUGAUAAAUUAUUUUAUAGAAAUUAAUUUUUGAAACACUUUGUACGCAAGUAAGGAUAUUAAGUCAUCAAAAAUAAAAAUUAACCGAGAAAUCAAAAUUGUUGCCUAUAUAUAAAACUUACCAAAGAUUCGAAGAAGCAAGAUGAAAUAUAUUUAAUAAAUAAAAAUAGUCAAAUUGUUUGAAAAUGUCGCGUGAAAAAGUGGAAGACAUUUCUUUAUCUACCUCAUCGCCAUCACGCGUUGAACCAAGUAAAUACGAAAUGAAAGAAACGGUUGGAUUAGCAUUGUUUGCAACGAUUACGACGAAGAAAAAGAGACAAAAAGACGAGUGGUCCAAGGCCAGGGCAAGAAAAAAAUGUGUAGGUUCGCGAGAUGCUUCUUCUGUCUCUAUCUAUCGUCCACCAUGUUGCGACAUGUACUUUCUAAUUUUAAUGUUACUCACUUGUCGAUUACCAUAUAUUUUAUGUGUACUUGCCUAUUUGAUAGGCAUCGGCACUGCAUAGUUUAUACGAGACAUGUUGACUAUGAGAAAAGUUUAUCGGGAAAGUGAAGGGUGUAAGUCGAAGAAGAGUAAUAAGAGAAGAAGGAAGAGAGUUAUAGAAGAGAAGAAAAAAAAAAUAUAAAGAAAGCUGAUAAAAUGUUAAAUGUGUUGUACAUAAAUAAGUAGGGAAAAAAGGGAAAAAAUAUGACAAAAAUGAUUGGAAAGAAUUUAAAAGGGAAGGAAUUUAAGUAAACAUUAAAAAGAAAAAAAAAAGAAAAAAACAAUAAAAAAGAAACAAAUGAAGAGAAACAUCUUUUUCAUAGGUCAAACAGUAUUGCAGUGUAUUCUGCUGCCGCUUUAAUAUUUUACUAUGUCAUAUUUACUUGAAAAAUGCACAAUUGACCAUAUGGACAUAAACAUACAUACACAUUACAUAGGCAUAAGAGAAAGAGAAUAUUAAUGAAAAGGAAAAAUAUAUAUAUUAUAUAUAUAUAUGAAAAAAAUAUAUAAAUAUAUAUAUUAUAUAUACGAGCUUGGCAUUUGUCGGGGAUUUAUCGUGUGUCGUUGUAGCGAUGCGGCCCGUUAUGAACGGAUUCUGCAUCUGGUUUAAAUCACCUCUAGGCUGUGAGAUGCGAGCUAAGCAGCAGAGAAACUUGCUCGAGACCUCAAUCAUAUGUGUCAAAUCAAGCGUCAAAUACUAUAUACAUACGUAUACACUUUUAAACCUUAAUAUCUCGUUAAAAAAAAAAAAGAAAAAAAAAUACACCGAGUCUAGCCCUCUUUAAAAAAAAAAAAAAAAAUCGAGAUCUAUCCUCGCUCGUGGCGAUACCAUUUAGUUUUAUCUCCUCACGUACACAACAUACACAUACAUAUAUACAUACACAACUUUAGAGUUCGAGUUACAAAAAAUGAAAAAACAAACGUAAAGAAAAAUAAAAAAAAAAAAAAAAUAUGGAAACGUAAGAAAACAAGCGAUAUAUACUUCCCGUAUAUGAAAGUUAAUUGUUGAAGAGCAAAUGUCAAAUGAGUAAAUAUAAA